GGAUGCGUGGGGGCGAGGGCCCCGGGGGCAGCACAGCCUACGUAGUGUGCGGGGUCAUCAGCUUCGCCCUGGCCGUAGGCGUCGGAGCCAAAGUCGCCUUCAGCAAGGCGUCCCGGGCGCCCCGGGCGCCCCGGGAUAUCAACGUGCCCAGGGCUCUGGUGGACAUUCUGAGGCAUCAGGCGGGACCUGGGACCCGUCCGGACCGGGCACGAAGCAGUUCCUUGACCCCGGGGGUUGGGGGCCCCGACAGUAUGGCCCCGAGGACACCCAAGAACCUCUACAACACCAUGAAGCCCUCCAAUCUCGAUAACCUGCACCACAACUACCUGCACCUCAAUGUCAACAGCCCCAAGCACCACACCACCACGCUGGACUGGAGGGCCGGCCCACCGCCCAGCCCCAACUUGCAUUACUCCACACUCUCCUGCUCUCGGUCUUUCCACAACCUCUCGCAUCUGCCUCCGUCCUACGAGGCUGCUGUAAAAUCUGAACUCAACCGCUACUCCUCCCUCAAGAGGCUGGCCGAGAAGGACCUGGACGAGGCCUACCUGAAGCGCUGGCACCUGGGGGAGAUGCCCCGCGGGACGCUGCCCCUGCACACGCUGCCGCCCUUCCAGCGCCAGGGCACGCUGGAGCAGCUGCAGUUCAUCCCGGGCCACCACCUGCCGCAGCACCUGCGCACCGCCAGCAAGAACGAGGUGACUGUGUGAGGCCGGGCCGGCUGAGGGCUGGGCCCGGCGAGCCCUCCUCAGCCUGGACCCCCCGACGCGCUCCGCGGCCCUGGACCAAGACUGGCCGGUAGCCGGGCGGCGGGGCUGCCUCUGAGGACACCGCUUUGAAUGAAAUCGGCGCCGGAGACAAGGCCGCCUUCUAGUGUCACAGCAGAUAGGAUCCCUCCUCCUAUGUCACUGUUUGAGGCCGGGGCUCCUUCCCAUGACGUCAUCACAGAGGGAGCGGCCUGCCUGUGAGGUUAUCACUGGCAACAAUGUCCACACAGGGACCAAACCUUCCCAUGAGGUCCUCACUGGAGGCCAGGUUCCAUGAUGUCAUAACAGACUUCCUUCCUGUGAUGUCAUACUGAGACAAAUAUCGCCCUAUGAUAUCAUCUCUGGCACCAAAAGGCCUCUUUUGACAUCAUCACCAGGAAAAUAUUUUCCUCCAGAGAAGAUGCCUCUGUCUAUGAUGCCAUCACUACAGACAAAGCCAUCUUGCAGGGACACAUCGCAGGGGAAGCCCUCACCAAGUGUCUCCUCGCUAGACAUAAGGCCUUCUUUACACAUCAUCAUCACAGGGACUCCGCCUCCUUCCUGUGAUGCCAUCACCAGAGAAGGUGCCUUGCCCUACGACAUCAUCUGAGGGACUGUGCCUCUUCCAGGGGGUUCAUCACCAGAGGUGAGAGCCCUUCUGCAAUGUCACCACCAGACUCUGCCUGCUCUGAGAUGACACCAUGGGACACCUUACUGCUGUUGCCACAUCACAAGAAGGCAUGGCAUGACCGGGGUCCAUGAGAAAGUGCCCUGUCCUGAGAUGUCACCGGAAGGAUGUCAUCACAGGGCAGGCUGCCCCAUCUGGAAAGGUCUCUCCAGAGGUGAUGUUUAGGUGGUCUAUAGGUUGUUUGCAAUGAGGACCUCCACUCCUGCCUGAGGCUCUGCCCCAAUGCUGUGAUGUCAUCACCAGAGACACUGCCCGCUCUGGAGGGCCAUCACUUGUGAUGGUGUCACCAGUUUCUGCCUUGUCCCGCCAUGACUUAGUGUGGUCGCUCCUUCCCCUGACCCCACGGACAUGCCCUGCGGGAUCUCCACCAGAUGCUCCCUCUAAAGGGAGAUUGCGCCUUGGGUCCCACCCUUGUGCAGUGAUGACACCUCCUGUGUGAUUCCUGGAGGACAGCACUCCCAGGCUGGCUUCUUCUCUCAAGGAGGCUACUCUGCCCACCAGACUCUUGGAGUCCUGAGACUCACUGGUGUUCCAAAGGCACAUGCCGUAACUCGAGACAUCAUUGCCUCUGUCAACGAAGUCCUGGUCCUGCUGAGGCCGGGGAGGGUGGGGAUGCCUGCUAUUGACCUUGCUGACACCAUCAGCACAAGACUUCCACCACUCAUGAUGGCAUUGCACCUGGGGUCCUGUGCUAACCAUGCCUGAUGAUGACAUCAUUUCCCUACGACCUAUGGUAACGCCCUCGUCCAGGAUUUACCAUGACCGCGUAGGGUCACCUUCUCCCAAGCAUCCCCAUGCCCAGUGGUAUCACCAUCCUCCAUGAUUCUCCACUCCACGGUGUCAUCUCCCAGGAUCCACCACAACCAUUAUAGCAUCGUCUCCAAGAAUUCACCAUGACCAGUGAUGUUGUUACCUUCCAGAACCCUCUGGCUGAUGGUAACACCCUCUACCAAGACCCGCUAGCACUGAUGAGACCACCAUUUCCUACAGUCCCCAUAACUGUGAUGUCAUCACCUUGCAGGAUCCACUUCAACCAUAAUGUCUUCAUGCCUCAGGAUCCGCCCUAGCCAUGGUGUCAUCACCUCCCAGGAUACACUUCAGACAUGGUGUCACCACCCCCCGGUAUCCAUGAGAGUAAUGAUGUCCCAGGACCCAUGAUACCCAAUAGCGUCGUCAUCUCCCAGGAUCCAUUUCAACCAUGGUAUCAUCUGUCAGGAUCCACCAUAACCAUGACAUCAUCUCCCAGGACCCAUGACACCCAGUAGUAUCAUCACCUCCCAGGGUGCAUUUCAGCCAUGUAUCAUCUCCCAGGAUCCAUCAUCUUGGGAGCCAAGUACUACAACAGCUGUAUUUCACUUGUCUUCUGGGGUCACAUGGCACCUACAGUUGUUCCCAUAAGGGAACCCAGCACAAUCCACAGCAUUUUCCCAUUGCCUCAAAAAUAGAGUAGGGACCCCCUCUGAUGACACCAUCCCUACUCUGGCCCUUCUUGGUGAUGUCACUGCCUCACUCCAGACUAGUCUGAUGCUUACAUCAACCCCACCACAGACUUGGCCUUGGCCAGCUCCCCUACUACCCGUCUGGUGAGGGCAUCCGGGCCCCUCCUGACAACUCAUUGCCCUUGCUCAUCUAUCUGAUGGGUGACAGGGUCAACACCAGAGGGGGGACUGUCCAGUCCUUGGGUGAUGUCACUGCUCCUUGCCCAGUCCCUCUUACCUGGACCUCCAUCUGAAGCAGCACUCCAUUGACUUGGGCCAGACUCUCCGUGGAGACUCCUGUGGGCUGGACUGAAGCUGCUAACUUCCUGGGGCCUUCAAUCAUGUCCUCUGCUGGCCUGGUCCUGGGCAGGCACAGCUGGACGGCCAUGCAGCCAUCUGUGGGUGGGGGCUCUGCAUCAUCCAACAACUGGAGAAGCGUUUUCUCCUCCAUCUCCCCCGCACACACUGGGGAGUCCCCAAGGCUUUCGGGGAUUUGCCAACACCCAAUGCACAAUUUGUCCCCAAGUAUCUUUGUACAUAGCCAUGCUGUGGGUGGGGGGGCGGCCAUUCCCCCACUCUUAAAGGGCUACACAUCCCCUCCCCCAGCCUCCAAGGUCAGGUUGGGGGGCCUCUUUCCUCCUCUGGGUCGUUCCCUCCUCCUUCUGCCUCCCCUUGCCCUGAAUACUGGCACCUCAGUUCAUCCCUGUUCAGCCUUUGGCCCCCACAAACACUGAGGAAAUGCGGGGAAGGGUACCCCCAUUUACCUAGGCCAGUUUUCAUUGCCAUGCUUACAGCUGCUCCUGUGGACUCUCCUAAUCCCUUCUAGGGCCGCCUCAUGCUCAGUGCCCCUGGAGCAGACUGUGACUUCCCCCAAAAAGAGCCGGCUUGAGCACCUACCCCUCCCAGACCCUACCCCUCUGCUCACCACCCCCACAAAGCACUCAGCUUUCUCCAGCCCCCAGAAUUGGGGUACUCUGACCCUUCAGCUUUUGUAUGCCCUCGCUUUGCUCUCUCCUGUCCUGGACUCCAGGUAUUUCGCCCCAACCCUGGGGCUUGGCCUCUUAUCUCAAAUAAGCCAUAGUGAGGAGAGGUCCCAAGGAAGUGAGGAAGUGGGCACGUCCUACCAGGUCCCCUGGAUGCUUCUGGAGCUCGGGCCUCGCCAUCUGAGUCUUUCCCCUCCCCCCAUAAACACACACGUGCUUCCAAUCCUGGGCAGGGGGUGGGGGGAGGAGUAGAGACAAGACAAACAGUUCUGGACUGGGAGACCCUCCCCAGCUCUGCUUCUCUCCUUGUCCCCCUAACCUGACACCAGACUCUCCCCAAGUUCCUUGGUGAGGCAGCCGGCUGAGCUACAAGUUGGUAUUUUUGGAAUAAACAGAUGUUUUCCUGA